AUGCAAAAAAUUUUCAGACCAUUCCAAUUAACGAGAGGCUUUACCUCUUCCGUAAAAAACUUCAGGCAAUGGAGACUGAUUGAAACAAGGAAGAUUGCCAAACAACCGAACUACCAAGUUGGUGAUGCUAAACCUUUACAUAUGCCAAAAGAAAGAAAGAAAUUUCCAGAUUACAAGUAUGGGGAAUCUAAUAUCUUCAAACAGAGUAACAAAGGUCUAUAUGGUGGAUCUUUCGUUCAGUUUGGUAACAAUAUUUCUGAAAGUAAAGCCAAAACGAGGAAGAAGUGGUUGCCAAAUGUUGUCAAAAAAGGUCUCUGGAGUGAGACUCUGAACAGAAAAAUCAGUAUCAAAAUGACCGCUAAAGUUUUAAAAACAAUCAGUAAAGAAGGAGGGAUUGACAACUAUUUAACAAAGGAAAAAUCUGCAAGAAUAAAAGAAUUAGGGCCGACCGGAUGGAAGCUUCGUUAUAGGGUUUUAAAAAGAAAAGAUGAAAUAGAGAAUCCCCCACAUAAGGAUGCACCUAUCAUAGAAAUGGCUGGUGGUAAAAAGGCCAAAAUUUACUAUGAUGAAAUAGUAAACGGCUCACCAAGAAAAAUAUCAGUUGGAAGAAGAAGAUUGAUGUCAUUUUUAUAUCCUUUAGAGAAAUUGGAAUAUAGGUCAGUAGGGAAGGACCUGAACUACAAAAAAUUUGUCGAGUUAUUUGCCGACGUUCCAGUCAAGGAUAUCCUAGCUAGAUUAGAGGAUCAUAAAUUCGACUUAUCCACCAUCACCGUAUAA